AUGAUGAAGGAAGAGAAGAGAAAAGUCUUGGAAAAGAAGAAGAGGAAGAACAGGGGAGAAACAUACACCUUCUGGGAUAAAUUUCCCGGAAAUCUCACACCCGCCCUUUGGAACGAUCCGGCUCAAAUGGGCUGCACCAGCUGGGGAAUAAAUUCUCAAACCCUCUUCAACUACGGCGUUCAAAUACACGCAGUCCAGCAAGCCCUUGCUAUCGAUAGCCUCGAUGCUCGGAAACUUGCUACACAGCUCAUCCUGUAG